AAUGACCACGCGGUCUCAAAGCUCAGAGAUACACCGCUCUCCUACCCACACCUCUUACUCGCCUCUCGCUCACGCCCUCUCCUCUCUCUCUCCACUCCCAUACGCUCAUAACGCGGCGGAUCAACACGGCUCCCCACCAUGCUCCUACCGCUAUUGAAAAACGGCGCCCCGUUUAGGGGGCUGAAGCUCCUGGCUGCCCUGGGGGGCCUCUGUCUCCUGCAGGCGACACUCGGAGUCGCGGAGAGCAGGCGACCACAACCGAGCCCCCUAUAUAUCCGAGGACGAGAAGUGAACCCGCUGUGGUACGUGGGGCGUGGGGUGCGCCCAAUCGGCCGCUUUGGGAAGAGGCAGACGCCGUGGUUCUCGGACGCCCCCGCCGUUCGGAUCCAGCAGCGGGAGACCGCGUGGCCCGACGCGUCCCCGGCGAGAAGGGGCCUCUGGCUGGUCGAGGGGGCCACUGGGGCUCUCCUGGGCCGCGGCGAAGCGGCCCGUCGAGGAACCCUUUCCCCGACGGGGCUGGCUGCCUCACGGUUCGGAUCCGGUCUGCGGAUGAAGCGCCUCGGUUGAGAAAUUUCGCUUUUGCAGCUCGCGAUUGACUAGUUUGUUUAUGGGUGUGUUUGUUGUUAGUGUGCUCGUUUUGGUUAUUUUGUUAUCCUUUCGGGUGUGUUUUUUAUUUAUUUUUGCCGAGCUCGCACGGGGCAUUGUUAUUCUACUGCCCGCUUUGUCUAAUAACCGAGGUCAAAGUCGCCUCAUUUCCCCUUCUCGUCUGAAAUGUGGGUGGUGUGGGGGUGGGGAAUGUUUCCGAUGCCCCCCCCCCGCCUCUUCUUCGUCGCCAGCAGUUACUGGGACAAACGCCAAACCGAUCUGCCUCGGGUGUUUCAGAAAAAAAUGUUUCAUCCAGACUCAUGGUGGGAAAUUGUCUGUUAUUCAAAACAACACACGCGUUAAUAAUUUCUGAAGAAGCACCUUUGAUAUGUUAUGUAUCUUCGCACAGUCCAACGGAUGUUCGUUGCCUUUUCAUAUUUAUCGACGCAAAAAAGUGUAAUUUCCAGCCGUUUGUCAAUCUACUUUUGGAUGAAGGCAGGCCUCCACCAUACCCGUGUCAGUCACUGGGGUUGUUUGUCCAUACUUCGCCACGCGGGUCAGUGUGGGUUUGGUGAAUGGGAUGUGUUUCGAUGAUCACGAGCUGCUGAUGUGCUAGCCGUGGUCUGGAAUGGAAAUUAAGUAUCUCGGAUAACCACCUUACCGAUGCGACAAGGUGGGUAUAAAUAACGAAUUAACCAGUGGCACGUCGCACGCUCCUGAAGAUUGGUAAAGUCGCGUGAAAGGCAACGUUUCAGAAGCUCUGCUCCAUGCGAUGUGACCGCAUCGCCUAAUCGCCCGUGAAGUUGUGCCGCCGUGUGACGUAAAUUAAGCAUGAUUUGAAAAUAAGACAAUAAAUUUUCAAAAUCAAAGUCAU